GGCGCCUGGAUCGCUGCUCAGGGUUCCUGAUCGCUCAUCACAGUUUCCUCAUCCUGCGCAGCCUCUCACUCAUCUCACUCUAGACUACAAUCCUCGCUGAAACCAUGUUCUCGACCAUCUUAACUAGCCUGUUGGCGCUCACCUCCUCGGUGACCGCUCGGUCUGUCGAGACCCGAUCCCUCACUCCUCGCUCCAUCACCCCUCCGGAAGGGUGUCCGAUUCCGACAUGGAAGGUCGACAAUUUCCGCUGGUUCAAUGGCUCCCACAGCUUGGACUGCAUUCACAGCGAGGUCGACAAGAACGCGAAGGGCUGUCUCUGUGGCCGGGACUGGUGUGAGCCUAACCCGGAUACGUGCAAUGGCACCAUGGUUAACGUGUGCUACACGGGCAUGCCCAAUUACCAGCCCUGGGGCUAUGGCCCUCCCCAGACGCUGGCCAUCGACUUUGAGGAUGGCCUCCACUGCGGGGAUACCUACAUCGGGUACCGGGUGCACGACAUUGCACAUGGCGAGUCUAACUGCGGAUAUGCAGACCGCGGCCUGGGCCGGAUCGUCUCGUUCUACGGCAACUCCAACGAGGGGAGCUCGACUGGUCAUAUGGACUACGUGCUGGGCGGUGGCCAUGCGCUGGAGUGCGCCAAUGGUAGCAAGAUUACCUACUCCGGCAGCACCGAUUUCACUUUGAACUGCAUCCAUGAUGAGUUCUUCAAUGCGACGUGCACUGCAGAGCCCUUUGAGGUUCCCGUGCUCAGUUACUCCUGGGUCAACUAAGUUCUCGCGAGGACCUUCCCUUGGUGUCCUGGGUCCCCUUUGGCGGCACGAUGGAGACCCAUCCUCGCCGCGCUGUGGCAAUUGCGAUCGGUUCAAACUCGUCGCACAGGAUAUCGGAGACCUUCCGUGGCUAUGUUACAUCCCGCGGCGUGGUUGCCCGGCGACCCCAACCUUUUUUUCUGACGAGAUAUGGUUCCACGAUGAAACCACGAGCGAUGUAAAUAGAACUAAAAUUUGAAAUACUUAUUUGGCAAUGGAGACGAUCCUGAAGAGACCCACCCGGCGUGACAGUGUAUCAGAGGUUUUGGUGUAAAUCUAGUAUUUCGGGAUGGGGAGCGGGGGUCCCGAUCUUUCUUUCUGCUGCUAGCCACAGGAAUGACCGUCGGUAGAUUUUUGGUUGUGGAUCAGAUAAGAGCACUUGGCGGAUCGAGAACCGAGAUCCCAGGGUCCAGUGGCUAAGCCCUAGUACUUUGUUACCUGUGGUUGGAUAUUGCUGGGUUUGAAACCGGGGAAGGGCAAUUAAAUACAGUGGAACCUGUUAAAAAAAAAAAAAAAAGAAAGAAAGAGAGAGAGACAAGGAAGUCUCCAACAAUAGGUGUACCUUGCAUCCUUUUGCUAUAUCGUUUACCGGUUACUGCUGGAGUACAAUGUUACCUUCCAUAACGGGACUAGUAGGGGUGGAGCAACAAGACGAGACAAGGGAAAAAAAAAAAAAAAGGAGAGAAAAAAAGAGCAAG